AUGUGGCGCACCUUUGACAGCACCACCCUCAGAGCUUUGCGCCUCAGUUCCUUCCUCUUCUCUUCAUCUUUGUCUUCUUCUUCUUCACUCACCGCCAUUUGUUGCUCCUCUUCCUUCACCACUCUCACCGCAACCAUCCCCUCGCACUCUCACUCUCAUUCUUUUCCCUCAACGUCCCGCGUUUCUUUCGCGGACUCGCGCUACUUCGCCGCCCCCGUUCCGCGCUGCGUUUCGUCCCUCCCCACUCUGGACUGGAACAAUGCCGUUUCCUGUUCUGAGGUCGACGCCGAAAGCCGCGGUGAGGGAACCGUCCAUCAAGACAUGAAGCCUUCCAUUCCCGUCAGAGCCUUUUUCUUCUCUACUAGUGUUGAUUUAAAAAGUUUGGUGGAACAGAACAAACCAAACUUUGUCCCGUCAUCAUCACGUAUGACAAAUUAUAUAGUUCUCAAGUUUGGUGAUAUUUGUGAUUCAAAGGGUUCAGAUACUUUCUUGAGUGGAAGCAGUGGCUAUUACAUGGUAGUUUUUCAAUAUGGUUCCAUCGUAUUGUUUAAUGUCCCUGAGCAUGAGGUAGAUGGCUAUUUGAAUAUGGUUAAGAAGCAUGCAUCUGGUCUCUUUACAGAAAUGAGAAAAGAUGAAUAUGAAGUUAGAGAAAAACCAUCAUUAAGCACAUGGAUGGAAGGUGGACUAGAUUACAUAAUGUUACAGUACUUGAACAUUGACGGAAUUCGAAUUAUUGGUAGUGUUUUAGGUCAAAGUAUUGCUCUUGAUUACUAUGGUCGGCAGGUUGAUGGAAUGGUUGCAGAAUUUACAGACAUAAACCGUGAGAUGGAGGCAACCGGAAAGGUCAAAAUGCAAAGGAAGAAGCUUUUUCAGUUGGUGGGCAAGGCAAAUUCGAAUCUUGCUGAUGUCAUUCUAAAGCUUGGACUAUUUGAGAGCUCCGAUAUUGCUUGGAAAGAUGCCAAAUAUGCUCAAAUAUGGGAAUAUCUGAAAGAUGAAUUUGAAUUAACCCAGAGAUUUACAAGUCUUGAUUUCAAAUUGAAAUUUGUGGAGCAUAACAUCCGUUUUCUACAAGAAAUUCAUCAAAAUAGGAAAUCUGAUUUCCAUGAGUUGCUCAUUAUUACGUUGAUUGGUGUUGAAAUUCUUCUAUCUCUCUUUAAAAUUGUUUAA